UCUGUAAACCCUAAGGUCUCACGAUUUCCCGACUCUCUCUCUCUCUCUCUUCUCCAUCGGAUUUUUUCCCUUGAAAAAAUCUUCCCUCUGAAAAAAUCCAAGCCAUCAAACGUGGCCUUAACGACCGUCACCGGGCCUCCGGCAGUGUUCGGUGGCGUCCGGCGAUUUCCAGCCACGGUGAGUCCGUCCGCCGUCCCACAACUAAAGGCCAGUGUCAUCCGGAAAAUCCAAGAAUUUCGGCAGUUUGAGAGACCCAUUGGAGAUGCAACCAAUGAAUGUGAUUAGAUUUCUAUUCAAAGGAAGAAAGUUGUAGUUACAGUUCCAAACAAAAAAAGAGAACGUAGCGGAGCUAUGGUUCAGCGACUCACCUACAGGAAACGGCACAGCUAUGCCACCAAGUCCAACCAGGCGAGGGUCGUGAAGACUCCUGGUGGGAGGCUAGUGUAUCAAACCUCAAAGAAGAGAGCCAAGGGUCCUAUAUGCCCUGUUACUGGGAAGAGGAUUCAGGGGAUUCCUCAUCUGAGACCUGCUGAGUACAAGAGAUCUAGAUUAGCAAGGAACAGGAGGACUGUCAACAGAGCUUACGGUGGAGUUUUGUCAGGCGGUGCUGUUAGAGAGAGGAUCACCCGGGCUUUCUUGGUUGAAGAGCAGAAAAUCGUGAAGAAGGUCCUGAAGAUCCAGAAAGCGAAGGAAAAGCAGGCUGCUAAGAGUUGAGAGAAGCAAAGUAAACACUUCCACCUGGUAGAAAAUUUUCAUUUAGUUGAUGGCGAACAUCUUGGAGAAUUGGUGUUUGGCAGAAAACAGUUGGACAUGCAUUAGCUGUAUGCAGUUUUGCAUUUUAAUGACAUUUCGUGUCUGUUUAUGUUGGUUUUAAUUUUGUUUUUUUAUUAUUUGUUUCUGCGAUUCUGCUCCCAAUUACUGUGUUAAGGUUUAAUCGACAUUUUUUAGACAUGAAAUGAUAAUAUGAUUCGCUGGUUAGGCA